AUGACUGUGGUCAGAAGAUCUCGCCAGGUUCAGAGUCAUCACUGCUCAGUCCAGCAGGUCGUGUGGGGUCACGUCAGCCAGCAUCUGUCCCCGGCCUGCCUGGCCUCCCCAUCUAUGCUGUGUGCUCUCCGCCCCGUGGCCUGUAUCUCACAGCUUCUCACUCCCAUGUCUGUGUCCACAGAUGAGUUUGCGGUCAUAGGCCCCUUGGAUCCUGUUGUGGCAGUGCUGGGUGCUGAUGCCACGCUGCCCUGCUCCCUGAUCCCACCCAUGAGCGCAGUGACUAUGGAACUGCUAUGGUACCGCACCGAGUUCUCGGAAGUGGUGCUCAGCUUUCGGGACCAACAGGAGCAGGAGGAGGAGCAGAUGGCCCAGUACGCGGGGCGGACCUCGCUGGUGAGGGACUUCCUCGCCCAGGGGGAGGCUGCCGUGCGCAUCCACAACGUCCGGGUUUCCGACGAUGGGCUGUACACCUGCUUCUUCAGCAAGGGAGGAUUCUAUGAGGAGGCCAACUUGGAACUGCAGGUGGCAGUUGAAGAGGUCAUCUUAGAGACUUUAGCUGGGGUUCUUCACAUUUCUGUGGCCAGUUUGCUGCUGGCUGAUCUAGGACAGCCUCAGCUGAAAAGGGGAGAGAAGCUCCUGGCCUUGUCUGAGACCCACGCCCAGGACCCCGAGGGGCUGUUCCACGUGGAGGCCGCCCUGGUGGUGAGAGACAGCUCUGCGGGGAACGUGACCUGCUCCAUCCUCAACCCGGUCCUGGGCCAGGAGAGGACCACGGCCAUCUUCAUCCCAGAGCCCUUCUUCCCUCAGGCCUCUCCCUGGAAACCAGCUUUUGUCGUGAGCCUGACUGUGCUGGGGCUCCUGCUCUGUGGGCCUGGCUGUUUCCUGAAGAGAGAACAUUCUGCAAAGUUGCAGGAGCAGCAGGAACGGGAGAAGCUGCGGUCGGAAAAGGAGGAGGCCUAGAAAGUAAAGCAGAAGGCGUUGAAGGCCUGUGAGCAGAGAGAUGAGGAAAUCCCUGAGGACAAGUGGGAGUGGAGCUAG